GCGGUUCACUUCCUGGGCAGCGGCGCUGGUUUCCUCUCGUGUGUCGGGCCGUGUGCUGGUGCUUCAGAAAUGGCCGCUGAGAAGCCGAGCGAGGUGAGAACAGCGGCGAUGGAGGAGAAUAAAGAGAACCUGACGGACGGAGGACUAAGUCUGGAGAUCCUCCAGAUAAUAAAGGAUUCCCAGCAGCAGCAUGGUCUCAGGCAUGGAGAUUACCAGCGGUACAGAGGGUACUGCUCCCGGAGGCUGCGCCGUCUGCGAAAAACUCUGGGCUUCAGAAUGGGCAACCGGCACAAAUUUACUGGCAAGAAAGUGACCGUGGAGAUGGUGUCUGACAACAGAUACCUGUUGUUAGUUGUGAUGGAAGCGGAGCGGGCUUGGAGUUAUGCCAUGCAGCUGAAGCAGGAGGCAAACACUGAACCCAGGAAGCGCUUCCACCUCAUGGCUCGUCUGCGGAAAGCAGCCAAACAUGGAGAGCACCUGGAGAAGCUGUGCGAGAGCCAGCGCGUCGAUGCUAAAACCAAACUAGAGGCUCAGGCCUACACCGCCUACCUGACCGGCAUGGUCCAGUUUGAGCUGCAGGAGUGGAAAGCUGCCAUGGAGGCCUUUAACAAGUGCAAGACCAUCUAUGAGAAGCUGGCAAGUGCGUUCACUGAGGAGCAGGCUGUCCUUUACCAUCAGAGAGUGGAGGAAAUUUCCCCGAAUAUACGCUACUGUGCUUACAACAUCGGUGACCAGAAUGCCAUUAAUGAUCUGAUGCAGAUGAGGCUCAGUGCAGGAGGGGGUGGAGGCAUGAUGGCUGAGAAGCUUGAGACUCUGAUCACUCAGACGAGGGCAAAACAGGCCGCCACCAUGAGCGAGGUAGAGUGGAGGGGUCGUUCUGUACCUGUAAAAAUCGAUAAGGCCAGAAUCUUCCUGCUGGGGCUGGCUGACAACGAGGCUGCUAUUGCACAGGCUGCCAAUGAGGAUACGAAGGAGCGUCUGUACGAGACCCUGUUGGCCGAAUGCAGAGACACCAUCCAGGCUGUGAGAGAGGAGCUGAGGACUGAUGUGAAGCAGAGAGAGAGAGCUGCAGAGGGGGCUGAGAGUGGGAAAGCCUCUAACCUGCAGUACCUGCACAGCUACCUAACUUACAUCAAGCUGUGGACAGUAGUGAGGAGAAAUGAGAGCAUGGCCCGUGCGCUGCAGGCAAAACUGAAGGAGCCACAGACAGACGAAAACAAAAGAGGCCCCCGACCCCAGGACCUCAUACGACUCUACGAUAUCAUACUGCAGAGCCUGGCAGAGCUGUCAACCUUGCAGGGAUUGGAGGAGGACCACGCCUUCCAGAAAGAGGUGGCCCUGAAGACUCUGGUCUACAAGGCUUACAGGUGUUUCUUCAUCGCUCAGUCGUAUGUGCUGGUGAAAAAGUGGAGCGAAGCGUUGGUUCUGUAUGAGAGGGUCCUGAAAUACGCACGAGAGGUCCAAUCCAAGGCCAAAAAUCUCAAUAACAGCCUCAUGGAUCUUCCGGAUGUCCAGGAUCUGAUUGCUGAGGUCAAUGCAGAGAAAUACUCCCUUCAGGCAGCUGCCAUCUUGGAUAAAGAGGAUGUAGCUGAAGCUCCUGUUCAGCAGCAAGUCAAGGACAACAUGCCUCUCUCCGAUCGACUCGAUACCUUCCGUCUUGACACCUCCCUUGUGGGAAAGCAGCCCAACCUGGUGCAGUUUCCCCCAGACUUCCAGCCAAUCCCGUGCAAGCCUCUGUUCUUCGACCUGGCGCUCAACCAUGUGGCCUUCCCACCCCUGGAUGACAAGGUGGAGCAGAAGGGCAAGGGCGGCCUCACCGGCUACAUCAAGGGCAUCUUCGGCUUUGGCAGCUAAGCCAAGCUUUGAGCUUGAAGUUGGAGCUGGAUCUAAUCUGGACUUGCUCCCAAAACUUGUUCCCUGUCCAAACCUCAUCUUUUUCUGAAAUAAGUCAUCAAUAUUCUUCAGCCAAUGACCUGGAGAGCCAGAGACAUGCAGAUUUCAGUGGUCUACCUUCUAUUUUCGCCAUGUAUUAGCUUUGACAUUAGCUGUUAUUCUGAUGAGAGGAAACUGAUCACACUGGUCUUUGCAGGACUUCUGGUCUUCCAGCACCAAUGGUUGACACACCUGGACUAGACUGCAGAUAUAUACAUCCAUUGGGGACAGAUCCUACAUAGAUAAAACCAAAACUGGACAAGACUGAGCUGUGAUGAAAUAAAAAGAAUAAAACAUUAAGGAAAGUUAAGAGUUUUGAGGAGUCCUGAGGGACUUAAGCGUCAAACUCCUCUCCCAUGUCACUCUACAGCGAUAUGGUAAAGCAUGAUCAUGAUGUGUAGACAUUUUCAUAGUACACAAUAUUUAUUGUGAUACUGUGAUCACAGUCAAAAUACAGUUGACGGAUCCUUAAAAACAUUCUUAACUUAUUCAAAAGGUCCUGUCUUUUAUCCAAUUAAAUUAGACUAAUUAUGCUUUCUUUAAUUAUACAGUACAGUUGGUUAGUAUUCAAAGAUGGUGUAGAUUUGUUGCAGAAGCAUAAAUUGGCCUUUAAUUGUGUUGUUCAACAAGGAAAUCACAGAAAUAUGAUGGACAUUUGCCUUAAUGGCUUGAAAUUGGUAUCCUUGAUGAUCUCCAUCUUUAACAAGAACUCAACUCAUCUAACUUAUCAGAAGAGUAUCAGUUUCUAGCAGCUGUUCUUGAGAAGGGAGCACAUAAACAAACCUGUACAGUGCUGAUAGGGGCCUGGCUGAUAUACCAGUUUCACGGUAACAUUGAUGAUUAUUUGCAAUUCAACUUUUUUUCUGCAUCAGUAUUUUAUUUGGAAGGUGCAAUCUGGUCACCUUCCUUCAUGAACACAAUUACAAUUUCUUACAAAACUUUCUUAAUCACUGAUGAUUCGGGUCAGGCAUGUUUCAGCAGGAAAAUCACAAACUGUGCUGACUAUUUAUCUGGAAAUUUUAUUGAGGCUGGAAAGUUUGGUUUGGAACGAUUUUGGACUGCAUGUGCUGGCCUGUACAGUUGUAGCUCUUUUCACAGUUCUAAGACCUUAUUAAUUUAGUUCUUAUUCUUUAAUACUGUUCAAUGGUUAUUUUGAAAUCCCAAAUAUCCGCUCACUAACAUUGAUUUCAGGGCACAAGUAAGUACGUAAGUUAGUACACAGUUAAAUGGACUGCACACAAGUACGUAGUACAUUUAGAACAGAAGCAGUGGACGUUUUUUGCUACUUUUUGAAUGUCUAAAAUUGUGUCUUGUCAUCGUUGAACAUCAUCCAGGAUGUGAUGAGAUAAUCUGGGACAUGUAAAACAGGGUUCAGUGCCAUGCUGGAUCAUCCUAAUUUCCAUGUGAAUUAAGGCGAAGAUCAGUAAGGCUGCGUUCACACAGCAAGUUUUGGGCAAAAUUUGGGCUUUUUGCCCAAAUUUACAGAUUUCUUUUGUUUGUUUUUAUCUAAUCCUUUUCAUUAUUUUAAUUUGUUUCUCUUUAAAAUGUGUUGUAUCAGCAAAAUGGGAGCAAGUAUUAGUAAUGUAAGGAGCCUGAACUGAAAGCAAACUGAAUGCUUUCUGUUUUGAUUAGCGUUGAAUCUUUCUCUUAAAUUUGGUCAGUAGGUUGCACCUCCAGUCUGUGUAUGUUAUAAAAACAAUCCUAUAAAAACUUACUCUGCAAAUGUUUAACAAGUUAAUAAACUGACACAAAUGGAUCACUACUGUAGGUCUAGGGGUCUUUAGCUUCAGUCUUGUUGGGCAGGUUUCCAGCACAGUUUGGGAACUUCCUGGCUCAAACACACCUACUAAACUAUAACAUGUUUGAUUUUAAUUUAUGAUUCCAGCCAUCUAGAUUUAAUUUUGAAGACCCCUGCCGUACCUUGCAUUUUCAUUUGCUAAGCAACACGUUUUCUUAUAGUUGAAAAAAUCUUGAGUAAACUUGUGGCUUGUCACAAAGUCGUGUCCUAUCAUAGGAAAUGGCUGGACACUUUCACCCUGACGCCUGCCAAUGUGAACACAGGGUUAAACGUAAAGUAAGUCAUAGGGUAGCUUAAACUAACGCCGCCAAAUAAACUGUGGAAAAAAGCCACUUGUCUCUGUCUUCAGUCUGGACACAUUUUUACAUCUUCAGAGGGAAUUUUGUAUUUCUUAGUUUAACCACCAAGAAUCCUCGUCCUUCUAAAGCGUUGAUGUUUUGCAGUGGACAUGUCUUGCUGCUGUUUAUGGUGUCUAGAAAGAAAAUUUUAGUUUUACCGGUCUCUUUCAUUACAGCAACUCACGGCUGGUCAAACACUGUCUGAGUCAUCUGUUCCCGUUCAUUUUUUACUAUUACAUUUAUCUUUUUGGGCUUUUUGCCGAAAUUUACCAACAAUUUUUUUGUCUAAUCCUUUUCAUUAUUUUAAUUAGUUUCUUUUUAAAAUGUGUUGUAACAGCAAAGUGGGGGCAAGUAUCAGAAGGAGCCUGAACUGAAAGUAAACUGAACGUUUUCUGUUUUGACCACUGUUGAAUCUGUUGGCAAACUGGAAGAUUAAAUGGUUAAGUGGUGAAUAAAUAUUGAAAUGAAAGUUGGUGUAAAGGCUCCUAAUUAAAUAAACCACAUAUGAAGAUUUGAA